CACCUGGUGUGGCGCUAUAUUUGCGUCCUUUCUUUAUUUCCCCUUCUUUUCUCUUUCCCAUUUUCGUUUCCUGCAGUCCUCAAAAAGUCCCAGCGCGUUUUUCUUUUUCUCCUCGCUGCCCGGAGAUGCAUCUUCAAGCCUCGAAAUCUCCUUUUUCCAACUUCUCAUAAAGGAUAAGAUUUCUGGGUGUUGAGGGUGCUUUCGUUAAAUUUGUAAUUUUUUUUCAAAAACAAAAAAAAAGUUUGAGGUAAAAAAAAACGAGGAUGGUGGCGGAGAAAAACUCGAAUUCGAGCUCCGGGAAUGGAGAUAGAAGCAUUAACAGCGAAACCCAGGUGGUGCUGAAUGUAUAUGAUCUCACUCCAAUCAACAAUUACAUGUACUGGUUUGGUUGUGGGAUUUUCCAUUCAGGAAUUGAAGUCCAUGGUAAGGAGUAUGGCUUUGGAGCACAUGACUUUCCUGUUAGUGGAGUUUUUGAAGUGGAGCCAAAGAGCUGCCCGGGUUUCAUUUACAGAUGUUCUAUUUCAUUAGGUCGAAUAAAUAUGCCACAACCUGAAUUUCGGACGUUUAUCGAGCGUAUAGCUUCUGAGUAUCAUGGAGAUACCUAUCAUCUCAUAUCCAAGAACUGCAACCAUUUUACAGAUGAUAUCUCACAGAAAUUGACGGGCAAGCAUAUUCCUGGGUGGGUGAAUCGGCUAGCUCGGCUAGGUUCAUUGUGUAGUUGUCUGCUUCCUGAAAGCCUUCAAGUAACUACUGUAAAACAGCUUCCGGAAUACCACGAGUGUGCAGAAGAUGGAACCGAGUCUCUCACAACGACAACUCCCCGCGAGUCAACAGAAAUUGAUGACACAGAUCAAGAGAAACAUCUCCUGUCACCGUCUAGUGGUGGUGGGGAUGUGUCAUUUGUUAAAGAGGCUCAAAAGUCGGAAGCGAGUAUGUGUCCUAGUCUAGAAACAGGGGAGAGAUUCCCUUCAGAUAACGCUUGCUGAAAUCAUUGCAGAGAAUGACUUGCUGGGAAGGGAGAGAAUGUUGUUGUGAACAGCGUUGGCUUUCAUCACCAUUUAUAAAUUGGUCCAGUUUCUGAUUGCUUCAUUUGGAUGUUGUAGUUUCUUCAAAUCGUUCUCUCAUUUUUUUUCUGCAUUUCUUUUUAUUUUUGAGUGUACCUCCCUCCCCCACUCAGUUUCCUUUUUCCUUUUUGGUUUGUUCAAAGAUUUUGGAACUUGGUAGGAGCCAUGUUGUAUUGUGUUUGAUGUCGCUGUAUUGGCGCUUUGGUAGUGGAAGUAUUGGCAUGAAUACGACUUAUCCUUGUCUAA